AUGCAUGCUGCUGCGUGCAUUGAUGAUGCAAACGCGUACGAUGUCCAGUUCAAUCACCUAUUCACCCCCCCCCAAAGCCCGGCUACCCACGCCACGCGUUAUACCCACGUCAUUUUCCUCCUAGGCGAUUCUCUUCCCAAUAAUUCACCGAUCAGGAGAUGCGCGCGGAUGGCUAUGGCUGAGACGUGCAACUUGCAUAUGCAAAAACGCUCCUUUGAACCUCGAGGGCGAAGAACGCAGGCAUCUGCAUGUACUACUGCUUCCGAGGAGCGUAAACAUCUACCAUUAGACAGCUACCCGUGCACCAAACAAUACGAUCCGGUCUCUGCAAUCGAGCGAAAGGCGGAGAUGAGGGAGACCUGUCUGGUGUGGGGGCCCGUAAUGGAGGACGCUCCUUUUCCGGCGAUAGGUGAUGCUGGCUUGUUCGGAAAAGAAAUAUGCGGCUCUGAAACAAGCCGAAUAAGGUCUGAUUCGUCGCCCGAUAUUAUGAUAUAUUGGUUGAGUGGGGUUCAGAGGGUGAUGGUUUCGGAUGGGUUGUUGCCUCCUGAAAAAUUCAACUACUACAAGGAAUGGCCUCGCGACCAAAACAAAGAGAGAAAUCGCUCGAGACACGUCCUCGCAUACCUCCAUUUCCCCAUCCACCUCUAUUGUCUGUCCUGUGAAAGGAACCUGGCGCUGUUUUUGCGCCUUCUCCGGGUGCUUCUCGCUGGAAGACUUCGACACAAUCCCGCAUACUACUAUUCUCAUUGUUUAAAGCUAGCAAAGUCUUGCAAUGAUCUGAUCCUAGAAAAUUCUUGUCUUGCCUUCUACCUAACCUGUCCGGCGAUCCAUCGUGCACAAAUAUCGCAAGGCCAUCUCUAUUCUAAACUAAGACCCCAACUAGACGGCGAGCUCGAGCUCGAGCUCCCCACAACCUCCUUCCAGUCCCUUGGCCUCAAACCCAUCUCCCAAGGCGUGAAUACCAGCGCCGCUAUGCAACCCCUUUGGUUCCCCUACCCCCUUCACUCCAUGUUCUUCCGUAUCGUACCCACAUCGCUCGCACAACUCUGGAGAGUUGGCGGCAGCUCAUAUAUAUUUCCGGCUAGCAUGUUAGAGGCAGACACCCACCCAGUCUUAGAAUCUAUUGGAUAUUACAGGAACUUGGCUAGAUUUUGUACAUGGAUAGAAAAAGUAGCAGAGGGAAAGCAAGGAGCAUGGACAGAAGCGAGAUGA